AUGUCGUCGUUGUUCGUUCAAGAUGAAGAUGGUUUAGAAGAGCAACAAUCGGAGUUGAUUCAUCAACAGCAACAAGAGGUUAAUGCGGAGCCGCAGCCAUCGAGCUCACAAACUCAAACUUCAAGAAGGCAGCAAUCAGAGACUUCUAUCCCGGUUGUAUUCCAUGAUGAAUCAACGAUCCCAAUAUAUCCUCAUCGUGAAGUUAACUGUUCUCUACCGUUAAAGUACCAGCAACAAAUACUCGAGGAGAUGUUGGUGAAAGACGCGUUAUUGAUACUCGGACGAGGUUUGGGGUGGGAGACAAUCACGAGCAAUUUACUAUUUUCACUCAGUUCUCCAUUCAUUCAGUUGGACAAAACCCGAAAGAAGAAAAGUUUGGUCUUUUUGUUGAAUGCCAAAGAUUCGGAAAUUAUACGAUUGAGUGAAGAGUUGGAUGAUUUGAGUUGGAUUAAUGAUGAUACUAGCAACAGAUUUGUGACGGUUUCUGGAGAGUCUCAAUCAUCAAAGCGAAAAUCGAUCUACUUAGAAGGAGGGAUAAUCUCAAUUACCCCUCGUGUGUUGGUUGUUGAUAUUUUGUCGGGGAUAUUAGAUGUUAAUGACAUAACAGGACUUUUUGUGUUACAUGCUGAACGAAUCAAGGAAACAUCCAAUGAUGCGUUUAUAAUAAGUUUGUUUCGUGAUAAAAAUGAUUGGGGGUUUAUCAAGGCAUUCUCCGAUGAGCCUGAAUCUUUUACUGGGUUUACUCCUUUGGCAACAAAGUUAAAGAUACUACGAGUUUCAAAUGUUAGUCUUUGGCCUCGUUUCCACGUUACAGUAACCCAAUCAUUUCAAUACCACAAGAAAAAGGAGAGUAAACGGUAUGUCACCGAGAUCAAUACCCAAAUGUCGUACAAGAUGAAUAAAAUUCAAGCGGCGCUAUUAUCUUGUAUACAAGCCUGUCUUGGCGAAUUGAAGCGACAUAACCCGACAUUGGCCACCGAGUAUUGGGAUAUGGAAAACAUACACGAUCCAAAUUUUGUUCGUAUAAUUCGAAUAGCGUUGGAUCCUCAAUGGCAUAGAUUGACAUAUACUACAAAGCAGUUGAUUAAUGAUAUUGGGAUAUUACUUGACUUGUUGGAGAAUUUGGUGACGUUGGACUCGGUUACAUUCUACCAAAUUGUGAAGAACAUAGUGGAUGUAAAUUUGAAACAAAGUUUGGAAGGGAUGAAUCGGUCAAUGAGUCCGUGGUUGAAUCUCGACGAAUCUCAGACGGUUAUUCAAUACGCAAAGGAUAGAGCAUUGGGGAAACACAAUGGAGAGUAUAUUUUGGAGGAGUUACCAAAAUGGAAUCAAUUGGGAAUAUUGAUUGAUGACAUAUUGCACGAAAAGGCAGUAAACGGUACUGACAAUAGCGGAAGAAUUCUAAUCAUGUGUUCCAGUAGGAAAGUCGCCAACCAAUUAAAUCGGAUUUUGUCAACUAUGAAGGAAAAGAAGCUGGGAAGUAGGACACACUUCUCAUCUCGGUCAUAUAUGAUGAACAGGCUUCGUGAUUAUCUACAGUAUAAAAAAAUUAGUUCAUUAGUGAAGAAAAUUUCAAACGAAUUAGAACAUGCAAAUGAAGGAAAUGAAGGUGCUUCUGCGGAUUCAGAAAUAACCGUGUCCAAGACAUUUUCUCGAAACGGGCAACCAGUAAGUAAGAGACGGCGAACCAGGGGUGCAAGUGUGGUUGCGCGAGUGCAUCAGUUACAUACAGGAAGUCACGAUGGUGAAAACGAAAAUGACGAAGAGCGAGAGAAUUCUAGUAUAGUAGACUUGUUGGCUGAUGAAGAUGAGGCGAAUGAGGUGGAAGGUGAAUUAUCAGGCAUGAUCGACACAUUUCAUGAAUUAAGCUUUGAUUGGAUCAAUAGCAAUGACCAAAUAAUAGUGCAAGUCUACAAUGACAAGCAUGAUGCCUCAUUUUUGGAAGAACUAUCACCUUCGUACAUCAUCAUGUACGAGCCAGACUUGUCAUUUAUUCGAAGAAUUGAAAUUUACCAAGCCAUACAGAGUCAAAAUCCAGCCAAAGUGUAUUUCAUGUAUUAUGGAAACUCAGUUGAAGAGCAAAAACACUUGUUGCGAAUUAAAAAGGAGAAGGAUGCAUUUACAAGGUUAAUUAGAGAAAAGGCAAAUUUGGGCAAGCAUUUUGAAACUGCUGAUGACAAUGUCAAAUUCCAAACUCAUAGAUCACAAGUUGUCAAUACAAGAAUAGCCGGUGGAGCCAAAUUCCGUACUGAGCACGAUGAAAUGCGAGUAGUUGUUGAUGUAAGAGAAUUUGGGUCUUCAUUACCCAACUUGUUGUACAAGAUUGGUAUUCAAGUUGUUCCAUGUAUGAUCACCGUGGGGGAUUAUAUCGUUUCACCACAAAUUUGCAUCGAAAGAAAAUCUAUUCCUGAUUUGAUUGGUAGUUUUAAGAGUGGUCGUCUUUAUAACCAGUGUGAACAAAUGUUUAAACAUUAUGACUUGCCAGUAUUGUUGAUCGAGUUUGAUGAAAACAAGUCGUUUUCAUUAGAAUCAUUUAGUGAGUCGAAAUUCAUCAAGACUAAGGCCAAUUUAUCCAGAUCAAUGACUACUUCAUUGGAUAAUCAAUUGCGUCAAAAUCUACAAUCACAAAUUUUUUCCUUACUUUAUUCAUUCCCUAAAUUGAAAAUUAUCUGGUCUUCGUCACCUUAUGAAACAGCACAAAUCUUUCUUGAACUAAAGGCGAAUCAAGAUGAACCAGAUGUUGGUAUGGCUUUAGAGAAGGGGGUCAACAAGAGUUUAAUUACCCCAAGAGGAGCAAGAGUUGAUGGUGGUCCAGUAAUCCUCAAUGAUGAUCCUAUUGAUUUCAUUAGAAAUAUACCGGGAAUCAACAAUCUGAAUAUCUACAAAAUUGUACAACGAGUGGAAAAUAUUAGUGAGUUGGUUAAAUUGUCACAAGAUGAAUUGGUCGAUUUAUUGGGGGCUGAAAAUGGCCAUAAAGCGUAUAACUUUUUCAAUAGAACUGUUUAG